ACCAAGACCGGUAUGGCGCAGUGGGAAAGAUUAAGGAAGCUGCCGGCGAGUUACACCCAGCAGUUACACGAGCUUUACGACAGAGAUGGCCUGCCCAUGGAUGUUCGGCACUACCUGUCAGCCUGGAUAGAGAAGCAGGAGUGGCAACUGGCAGCAAGGGACAAUGACCGGGCUAUGGUGCUGUUCCAAGUCCUCUUGGAAAAUUUAGAUAUUCAACACAGCCGCUUUGUUCAAGAGGAGUUAUUUUUAGAGCAGCACAACAUCAGAAGAUACAAACAGAAUUUCCAGAGGUAUCAGGAUGAUCCCUGUGUUUUGGCAAGCAUAAUCCUGUGGUUUUUAGAUAAGGAGAAGGAAAUCUUGGCCAGUGCCGAUCUGGCUGAACAGGUCCAGUUUUUGCACGUUGAGCCGGAAGCUAUGGAGACCAGCUGUCAACAGGACCUCGAACGUAAAUUGGCUGGUCUAAGAAACGAUGUGCAGUGUCUCGAACAUGCAAUGAUGUGUCUGGAAGAGCAACAAGACGAGUUUGAUUUCAAGUAUCAAACCCACAAGAUGGAAGCUUCAGUCAACGAGGCCUUAAAGAGGGAGCAGGUUAGAGUUCUUCAGAUGCUUGUCAACAGACUCGAUGAGUGUAGAAAGAGCACACUGUCAGACAUGACCAAGCUUCUGGACCGAGCUGAGGAUCUGGUCAACCAGUUGGUGAAGAAGGAGGUGGUAGAGUGGCAGAGGAGGCAGCAAAAAGCAUGCAUUGGUGCUCCAGACAAUGUGUGCUUGGACCAGCUGGAAAAUUGGUUCACCUGUGUAGCAGAGUGUCUGUUCCAGGUGCGGGAGUUUCUGAAUAAGCUGGAUGAGCUGGUAGGGAAACUGUCCUAUGACAAUGACCCCAUAAAGGCCCUGAAACCCAUGCUGCAGAGGAGAGCUGAUGAAGUAUUGAAAGACUUACUCCAGAGUUCCUUUGUAGUGGAGACUCAGCCGUCCAUGCCACAGGGGAAAGGACCUCUGGUUCUGCGCACAAAUGUCCAGUUUUCUGUUAAGACCAGGCUUCUCGUUAAGUUCCCUGGGCUGAACCAAUCCAUGAAAGUGGACGUUUCCAUGGACAGGGGGGCUCCUCAGAUAAAAGGAUACCGACGUUUCAAUGUCCUUGGAAGCAAAACCAAAACUUUGAACAUGGCUGAGAGUCAGAGUGGCGGCAUGGUGGCAGACUUCAGACAUCUGACUCUGAAGGAGCAGAAAUCUGGAAGUGGUGGAAAAGGAUCCAGCGAUAUUUCUUUGAGUGUAACAGAGGAGCUGCACAUUGUCUGUUUCAGCACUCUGUUUGAUAUGAAAGGUUUUUCAGCCCAGUUGCAGGCCUCCUCCCUUCCUGUGGUCAUCAUCUCUAACUCCAGCCAGCAGCAGAGUGCCUGGGCAUCCAUCCUCUGGUUCAACAUGCUCAGCCAGGAUCCAAAGGAUGUCAUGUUCUUCGCCAACACUCCUGCCGCCCCUUGGCCCCAGUUUGGAGACAUGCUGAGCUGGCAGUUUCUCUCUGCCACUAAACGGGGUCUCAGUGACGAUCAGCGGGAAAUGAUUGCUGUUAAACUCUUCGGCAAGAAGCAGAACUAUGACAUCUGCAAAUUAACAUGGUCAAAAUUCUGCAAGGAAAACUCCCCUGAUACUUUAUGGGUGUGGUUUGAUGGUAUCUUGGUGAUGGUAAAAACAUACCUGGAAGACCUUUGGAGGGAAGGCCACAUCAUGGGUUUUGUGAGCAAAGGCAAAGAGAAGUCACUCCUGAAGAAAAUGAAGAGAGGUACAUUCUUGCUGCGCUUUAGUGAAAGUGUCAUAGGAGGAAUCACCUUCUCCUGGGUGGAAAUCAAAUCGAAUGGCGAGCCUGAUAUAAAGACAGUCCAGCCUUUCAACAAAGUUGACCUUUCCCAGAUUCCCUUUCAUGAAAUCAUCAGGAAUUUCCAGAUCUUAGAGGCUGAGAAUAUCCCAGAAAAUCCUUUACUCUACCUGUAUCCCGACACCCCAAAAGACAAGGCUUUUGGAAAAUACUACUCUAAUAAGACUGGAGAGGACAGUCCUUACAUUAAAUACAUCAAAACCAAGCUGGUAUUUGUUUCAAAAGAGAACACACUGGAGGCCAGGUCACCCUUGCCCUGUGACGUGGCACAGGGUGCAGGCCUGGAGCCAUUCAGUGAACAAGAAGAGCAUCCCCUUGCUGAACUAGAACCAUAUUCCGCUGACCCCAUGCUGAGUGGCUCUACUGAGGAUUUAUUCAUGUUCCUGAACAACCCCAACAACUUUGACGGCGGUGAUUUCUCGCAACAAGAGCUGACCCCGUUGGAUGUCAACCAACUCCCAGGAUUUAACUUUUUGGCCACACAACCGUCGGGAAGCAUUUUCUAA